GCUGAAGGGCCGAAAAGGUAAAGCGGACGCAAGCCCGCGACCGGGCCCGGGGGUCGCAGCCAGGAAUCUGAAGUAAACAGUAAAACAUGAUGUCUUCAGUAUGUUCUGAGUAUACAAUUGGUGGGGUGAAGAUUAACUUUCCUUGUAAAGCUUAUCCAUCACAGCUUGCUAUGAUGAAUUCUGGAAGCCAGUGAACGAAGGCUUAAGUAAAAAAGCUGAAGUACCAUUGUCGUGUUGUUGUACAUGCCAUUCAAAGAAUUUUACAAACAAUGACGUGAACCAGGGAACUUCAUAUCAUUUCAACAGUCCAAGUAUACCAACUUCUGAAAGAAAUGGCACUUUGUCAACUUGUCAAGACUCUCCUGAAAAAACUACACUGGCUGCAAAGCUAUCUGCUAAGAAACAGGCAUCCAUGUACAGAGAUGAAAAUGAUGAUUUUCAAGUAGAGAAGAAAAGAAUUCGACCCUUAGAAACUACACAGCAGAUUAGAAAACGUCAUUGUUUUGAAAAGGAGGUGCACCAUUUGGAUGCAAAAGUUGCUUCAGGAAAGACCACAAAACUCAACUCCCCAUUAGGAAAGAUAAACUCCUUUUCUCCACAAAAUCCCCCUGGUAACUGUUCUAGGUGCUGUUGUUCUACUAAACAAGGAGACAGUCAAGAUUCUUCAAAUACCACUAAGAAGGAUCAUGGGGUGAAGUCCAAGAUACCCAAAAUAUAUUUUGGGACACGCACACACAAGCAGAUUGCUCAGAUUACUAGAGAGCUCCGGAGGACAGCAUACUCAGGGGUCCCAAUGACUAUUCUUUCCAGCAGGGAUCACACUUGUGUCCAUCCUGAAGUAGUAGGUAACUUCAACAGAAAUGAAAAGUGCAUGGAAUUGCUAGAUGGAAAAAAUGGAAAAUUCUGCUAUUUUUAUCAUGGUGUUCAUAAAAUUAGUGAUCAACACAUAUUACAGACUCUGCAAGGGAUGUGCAAGGCCUGGGAUAUAGAAGAAUUCGUCAGCUUGGGGAAAAAACUAAAGGCAUGUCCAUAUUACACAGCACGAGAACUAAUGCAGGAUGCUGACAUAAUAUUUUGUCCCUACAACUAUCUUCUAGAUGCACAAAUAAGGGAAAGUAUGGAUAUCAAUCUGAAAGAACAGGUUGUCAUUUUAGAUGAAGCUCAUAACAUUGAGGACUGUGCUCGGGAAUCAGCAAGUUACAGUAUAACGGAAGUUCAGCUUCGGUUUGCUCGGGAUGAACUAGAUAGUAUGGUUAACAAUAAUAUAAGGAAGAAAGACCAUGAACCCCUACGAGCUGUGUGCUAUAGCCUCAUUAAUUGGUUAGAAGCAAACUCUGAACAUCUUGUGGAAAGGGGUUAUGAAUCAUCCUGUAAAGUAUGGAGUGGAAGUGACAUGCUCUUAAAUUUACACAAAAUGGGCAUAACCACUGCUACUUUUCCUAUUUUGCAGGGACAUUUUUCUGCUAUCCUUCAAAAAGAAGAAAAAGUCUCAUCAGUUCAUGGUAAAGAGGAGGCAAGAGAAGUACCUAUUAUUAGUGCUUCAACUCAAAUAAUGCUCAAAGGACUUUUUAUGGUGCUUGACUAUCUUUUUAGGCAAAAUAGCAGAUUUGCAGAUGAUUAUAAAGUCGCUAUUCAACAGACUUACUCUUGGAUAAAUCAGACUGAUACUUCAGAUAAAAAUGGGUUCUUGGUUCUACCAAAAAAUAAGAAACGUUUACGACAGAAAGCAGCAGUUCAUGUGCUGAAUUUUUGGUGCUUAAAUCCAGCUGUGGCCUUUUCAGAUAUUAAUGGCAAGGUUUGGACGAUUGUUUUGACAUCUGGGACAUUAUCACCAAUGAAAUCCUUUUCAUCAGAACUUGGUGUUAAAUUUAGUAUCCAACUGGAGGCUAAUCAUGUCAUUAAUAACUCACAGGUUUGGGUUGGCACCAUUGGGUCAGGCCCCAAGGGUCGCAAUCUCUGUGCUACCUUCCAGCACACGGAAACAUUUGAGUUCCAGGAUGAAGUGGGAGCACUUGUGUUAUCUGUGUGCCAGACUGUGAGCCAAGGAAUUUUGUGUUUCCUGCCAUCUUACAAGUUACUAGAAAAGUUAAAAGAACGUUGGCUCUCCACUGGUGUAUGGCAUAAUCUGGAGUUGGUGAAGACAGUCAUUGUAGAACCACAGAGAGGAGAAAAAACUGAUUUUGAUGAAUUACUGCAGAUGUACUAUGAUGCGAUCAAGUACAAAGGAGAAAAAGAUGGCGCCCUCCUGGUGGCAGUUUGUCGUGGUAAAGUGAGUGAGGGUCUGGAUUUCUCAGAUGACAACGCCCGUGCUGUCAUAACAAUAGGAAUUCCUUUUCCAAAUGUGAAAGAUCUACAGGUUGAACUAAAGCGACAAUAUAAUGACCAGCAUUCAAAAUUAAGAGGUCUUUUACCAGGUCGUCAGUGGUAUGAAAUUCAAGCAUACAGGGCCUUAAACCAGGCCCUAGGUAGGUGUAUUCGACACAAAAAUGAUUGGGGAGCUCUUAUUCUAGUGGAUGAUCGCUUCAGGAGUAACCCAAGUCGAUACAUAUCUGGACUUUCUAAGUGGGUUCGGCAGCUGAUUCAGCACCAUUCAACCUUUGAGAGUGCGCUGGAGUCCUUGGCUGAAUUUUCCAAAAGGCACCGAAAGGUCAUUGAUGUAUACAAAGAAGACAGAAAAUCUGUACAGGACAAUGAGUCUCCGCUUACAGUGGCUUGUUUGAAGGAUAAUACCUCAACUUAUUUAUUAGAAGCAGCAAGCCAUCUAUCACCAGAAUAUCCUAGGGAAGAUGAUCCAUUAUUAUUGGAAGAGUCUGCCCAGGCAGUAGGAGCAGAAAAAAUUGUGAUUUCCAGAUCCACAAGCCCAACCUUCAACAAACAAACAAACAGAGUUAGCUGGUCUGGCAGUAAUUUUCUGGAACAGUAUCUUACUGGUAAAAUUCUGACUGGAACACCUAAGUUUAGGUCAUCAGAGGACUGUGCCUCUAAUUCUUCCACUUUCAAAACAGAAAAGGGACGUGAAGCAGUUUUGCCACUCACUGAUAAAUAUGAGUCCUCCUGUCUGACAGUAAACACAUCACUUGGACCAUGCCCUCAAUCGGAAACCAUUGUUCCAUCAAUAAAGAUUAAUGCUACUCUCCUGAAUCCAGAAGAUCCAGACAUUCUGUUAUCUCUAGUAAGUGAAGAAGCUGAACUUUCUACUUCAAAUACAGAAGCAGAGGAUGAAUCUAUCUAUUUUACACCCGAACUUUAUGAUCCCAUAGAUACAAAUGAAGAAAAGAAUGAAGUAGUUGGAACUGAUAGAGACAACAGAUUGGCUAAUAAUUCAAAUUGCAUUUUAGCUGAAGAUCUUUUUGGAAUUAAAACUAUGAAAGGAAUGGAUUCAGUCAGAGAAAUGAAAGCUGAGGAUUGCACAGGCACAAAGUUGAAUAGACUCACACAUAUUAAAGAAAGUAAAGUUGAUGACAUUGGUAGUAAUGUAAAAAUGACUCAUAUAAAUGAAUUGGAACUGGGAAAAAACUCAUGAAACGGAUAUAAAGAACUUUAAACAGUCUCCUCCCAAAAAUAAAGAUGUGUUCCCUGGUGUUAGGUAGUAAUACUUAACUGUCAAGGUAUAAAAACAUGUCGUCAUGCUUAUAUUAAACUCUAUUGUAAAUGAUAAUUUGUACAUUGGAUAAGUGAC